AAAAACUGUGAUGUAAGGAUAGAUUUUACGAUUGUAUUUUACAUUUUCGUCCCCUUCAUGAGCCAGUUAGUGAUAGCUAGUGAUUAUACAGUUUUAUGCCAUUCAGGCGACCUAAAAGAUCCACAGAAAUCGAUUCCGUGUGGAACCAUUGCUGCAACGCUAACCACAUCCAUUAUUUACUAUUCACUAGCACUACUGUUCGGUGCUUCAAUUACUGGGCCUGUUCUACGCGAUAAGUUCUCAUUUUCACUGAUUUCGUUGGUUUUUCAGAGACUUUUUUUGAAGUGGAUUUUUUUGAACUACUUUAUACUUCAUUUUCUUCCAUAUUUGAGAUAUGGACGAAGUGUUGAUAGCUCACUGAUCGUUGCCCUGUUAUCAUGGCCUUCACCAUGGGUUGUGGUCGUUGGCUCCUUCCUGUCUACUUUCGGCGCUGCCUUGCAGUGCUUAUGCAGUAAGUUUGAGUUACUUCAUCACUUUCUUAUCACCCAUGCCUCUCAUAUAAAUAAGUUUACAAGUGCUCCGCGGCUGUUGCAAUCAAUUGCAAAAGACGAUGUUAUACCGGCACUGGCGCCCUUCGCCAAAGUUACCAAAUUCAACGAACCUUUCCUCGGGCAACCUACAUUUUCAUCCUUUUCUCGUUUUAUGAACAAAGAUUGA